AGCGUCGACGAUGAUAUGACGAUUCCAGUGUCGUCUCAACCCUGGAGCCGCGAUCCCCUGACGUACACCAUCACCGAGUACCACAGGAUCGUCCGAAUAAAUCAGGUACUCGCUGGUGAGGUUCAGGGUCAUCAUGACAUCCUCCAGGAACAAAUUAACCUGCGGAUAUUCGAUGCUCCCCUGACCUUCUCAGGAACAUUUCUCUUGACUCAGGAGCUGCGGAAAUUCUUUUGCACUUCUGUUGACGAUCUUGAGGUCGAGAGGAUGAGUGCGAUAUCUACUCUCUGCCGGGGUGACACGCAGUCCUCGGUGAACCGUCGACCGAGAUCCCCAGGUCUUCUCGACAAGACACCGGACAUUCAGAUUUCCAUUGCCGAGGAACAAGCACUGCCCCUAAAACGCCCAGGUAAUUUCACCAGUGAAUUGGAAGGGUGCGAUAUCCCCAGGAAAUCCCUCCGCCUGUCCCUGGAACCCCAUCACCCAGAGGAUACCAUGCCAUCAUUGACGAGAACCUGUGUCACACUCCCGAGAAUCAAACGACCCAACUUUCAGCCGUGCAAAGUAUCAUCAUCGUCUGGCAUCUCUAUAACUGGUAUUGACGUCACUCCAAUGUCGACCCUGGUGUGCUGCGAGCCGAUGUCGGCGGGACGUCCCCGGGACAACCUAAAGCUCGCACUCAAUCGUAGUCUUAGCGAGCCCGGACCACCGUGCGAUCGUUUCAUACCAACAACCCCAACAUCACCAACAUUAUCAACAUUAUCAACAAUAUCAACAAUAUCAUCGGAUUGCAGUACCCAGGAUGGUAUGUCAACGAGUGCAAGUGGUGGAAGUACAAACAGCAUCGACAUAGGUGACACAGAUAAUCUACUCCAUUAUCACUUUUAUCAUCACUAUCACCGACAGAGCAGUCAUCAGGGCUCAUCAUCAAUUGGUCAAUCAAAACGCUGCAAACUGGAGACCGUAAGUCUCCCAACGAGUCCCUGCAAUGAGGGAACAACAUUACAACGACAAUUAAUAAUUAAUCAAUCGAGAACUAUUGAUCCUGAUGAAUUGGCGAGACGUAUGCAGCUACAGCCUGAUAGCAUUGUUAUACUUGAUUGUCGGCCUUUUAUUGUUUAUAAUGUUAAUCAUGUGAGGGGAGCGAUUAAUGUUAAUUGCUCGGACAGAUUCAAUCGGAGACGAUUGCAAAUGGGAAAGGCAACGCUCGCUGAUUUGGCAACUGCCAGGGAGGGCAAGGAUAUUUUGAGAAAACGACAUUACAAAGAGGUUGUGCUUUAUGACGACUGCACUGCCGAUCUUGAGCAUCUACCUGUACAGCAUCCAUUGUUUUUGGUUAUUACUGCACUUGUUGAAGAUCAUCGGGAGCCAACUCUUCUGAUUGGAGGGCACAAGGAAUUCCACAGGAGACACCGAGAUCUCUGCGAGGAUACGCUCCUGCCAGGGGGAAGUACCCCCCCAGCAUCAGAAGCUGCAGUGAGUGGCUGCACAAGUCCUGGUCCAGGAUGUCCCGUGAUGAUGGGACAACCGACAACCCCCCAACCAGCUGACAUCGACAAUCAUCCAGCAUCCAGAGUCCUGCCAUUCCUCUAUCUGGGAAAUGGGCGAGAUGCCGCUGACCUACAGCUUCUACGAGCCCUUGGUGCCACUAGGGUACUCAACGUCACCUCACAGCUACCCGGAUAUCACGAAGCAAGGGGAAUAACGUACAGACAGAUACCUGCUACCGAUUCAGGACAUCAGAAUCUCAAGCAAUACUUCGAGGAAGCUUUUGACUUCAUCGAGGAAGCGAGAAAAGCUGGUAGCAGUGUCCUGGUGCACUGCCAGGCGGGUGUAUCCCGCAGUGCAACAAUAGCCAUUGCGUACAUAAUGCGACACAAGGGCCUGUCAAUGGUCGAUGCCUACAAACUCGUGAAAAAUGCUCGACCAAUAAUAAGUCCGAAUCUAAAUUUUAUGGGCCAGCUGCUGGAGCUGGAGCAGGGACUGAAGGCCUCGAGUACAGACAGUACCACAGAUGAGCCACAGGGAUACCACCCCUGCCGAUGGAAUCGUUCAUCGACCAACGAAAAAGUAACAUCAGGCUGCAGUGUCUGAAAAUUCUGAGCCCUGAGCCCUGACCUACAUAUCCUUAAACCGUGUCUUGUUCUUCUCAUUGAUAAAUCCCUCGCAGCCCAAAAACUGAUUUUCCAAUGAAGGACUCAUGUCCAUGUGCCUUCGAGCAAAGGCUGAUCGAUAAACAAAACAAUAAACAGGUAACAAAAAACAAAUGAUAACUCCACGAAAAUCAGAUGUUCAGGGAAAAUGAUAAAAGUGAGAGAAAACACGUGCUCUUGUCUAGGUGUUUUCAGUUAUUAAUUUAUACCUCGACGAAUUUGAAGACUAAUAUAACGCGAAAUGUUGACGAGUGUUGUACUUAUAUGGAGCGAAUAAUUAGAGUGGAAGCCACAAGAAUGUACCUAAAGAGAAAUCAAACCGAUUUUGAUGGAGUAAUAAUUAAUUAAUUGUAGUUUAUUAUUUUUUUCUUCGGGGUAUCACGUUAUUUAAUCCUAAUGGAAAUAGAAAAGAGAACAUAGGAAUUUAUUCCAAUUGAUGAUUUACCUGGGAUUAAACGACUCGUUCAUUUCGAAAGAUUAAUAUAUCGUUAAUGAUUUAGUUUUAAUCCACAAGCUCUUCCCCUCCCCCAGAUGAUAAUUUCCUUGUUUUAUUAGCAUUUAAGGGUCCACGUGGAUUCGUUAAAGACCAUCGUGAUCUAGUCGUGUGUUGGGAUGAAUGAUUAACUGGAUUCUGAGGGGAAUGAUCAUUGGGUUUUUUAAUGCCUCGAGUGGUGUUUUAAUCGUGAAAUUUUGGGGGUGGAUUUUUGAGGGGCGGGAGGGGGAGGUGUUUAUUUCAAUGGCAGUAUUCUGUUGGGAAUGUACAUUUAUACCAAAAAAUAAUGGAUCUAUCGAGCUCGAGGCAGUGGGCGUUGGAAAAAAUGGAUUUUCUUUCUUUCUUUUUUUUUUUUUUAUUAUUUUGUGGUAUCUUCGAACACGAGACUUACUUUAGGUGUAUUGUUUUCAGAGAGUAAUUAGUUAUUAAUGUAGUGGUAGGGGUAUGGCCUAUGUUAAGAGUUGCGACAAUAAGUGAUAGGGGAUAUUUGGGGGUUGUUGAGGGGUAAUGAGUACAUAUCAGACUGGAGUCGCUUUUCAACUCGUCAUUCAACGAGAGUUUUCAUUGAUGUUCUAUUGCUGUAUCACUCGCUAGUUUCAACUGCUUUUUUUAAUGAUCGUCUAUGGAGGGGUGUAAAUAAAUGAUUUGCGGUAUCAGAAGGGCUUUUGGUAUUUGACCCUCACGUCUCCGAAUUGAAAUUCUGUCUUUAUUUGGAUUGAUUUAUCUCGUCGAAUCGUUGAAAUUGGAGUUCUUUAAUUCAAAAUGAUAUUUGAAUCAUAUCUUGGAGCAGAUGAGAAUAAUAAAUAAUUGGUGAGAAAUUAUCGGAAUCGUUGGGGAAUGGAGAAUUUUGUGGGUCAAAGUCAAAAGGAAUGAAUAAUAAUUGUCAGUACCUGUUGCUCUAAUUUUCUCAAAUUAUAAUCGAUCGAACCCUCAAUCAUUGUCGGAUGAGUCCCAACGAUUUUAUUUAUCUGUAGAGAAAAUUGAUUUACUGAUUGAUUGGAAUAAAAAGCACAUUGUAUAAACUUUCUGUAAUCGUAUUGUACGAAAAUUCGAUGAUUUUAUAAACGAUAAAUGAAUCAAAAAAAAAAUCGUAUUGUGAUUAA